AUGAAACUCUCGAUACUUAAACUCUAGGCAUUAAGACUUUUAAAAUUAUUGGGAAGACAGCUGUCAUUUGCUGUUGCUGAUUAAGCGAUUUAUAUUAAUGAAGACCCAGUCAAGAGACUAUCAUUGCCUACAAUUUCUUACCCUACAGUCUCUAUCAGCUGUGGAGCAAUCAUUUAAACAGUGACUGAUGAUUAAAACAACAUUUUGGAUCCAGCUAUUUUCACUUAUUACUAAUCUAACAACAGUAUUACUAUUUUUACUAAAGAUAAGACUAUGAUGGCAGUUUCACCAAUUACUGUGAAAGUAGAAAAUCAUCUUUAAGAUUACACUGCUAUAAUGCUAUCUUAUAGUUUUAUAGUAACCUUGUAAAUUGAUUGCUAGUUUGAUUAUUUGACAUCUUCAGCUGAUAUUAGUAUAAAUUACAUUGUGCAUGAUUAGUAGUUAUUGCAACUUUCUAAUUAUAUUCAAUCUUAUCUGAGUCCACAUUGUGGUACUAUUUCAACUUAUACAUGUCAGAACGAAAUCUCGCUCUCUGAUUGCUAAAACAAUGAUUUAACAAUAUUUAACUCUAUAACAGGGGCUUUUAGAAUUUAAACAUAUAAUAUAAAUCAAGUUGGCACUCAUUAAUUUUUGAUUACUGGAUAACUUAAUAGCAAACAAGCUUCCUAAAGAGUAAUUAUAACAGUUACUAAAGACUGCAGAUGUGCUGUUAUUACAAAAUCUGCCUUGCCUACUCUUAGCUUUGACAUAAAUAAUGGAACUAAGAAUUAUAUUGCUGAAAUACCAUGGACUAAUGACAUGAUUGCAUUAUGUCCUAUGACUUAUAAGUUAAUAGACUCAGCUACCAAUCUUGCCCCUAUUAACACUGUAUUUAAUAUCAUAGAUAAUAACUAAAUCUAAAUUUCAGUAUCAAGCAGCAUUAUCCCAAAAUAAUACUCAAUAAUUGUAACUGGAUUUGCUCAUGCUUCAGUAUCUAGUUCAGAAACUUUGAGCAUAACAAUUACAAAUUUAUGUCCUACAUCACAAAUAACGACUUAACCCAUUCAAGAUUAGGAAUACAUUACAAGUGAUCCAAUUAAAUCAAUUUAAUUUGACUCUUGGAUCUCCUCUAUUUCUUAUUGUACCUAGUUAACUUAUACAGUAACUUUUAAUGGCUCAAGCACUACUCCUAAUUUUAUUGCAUUCAAUUAAGUCACUUGA